AUGGAUGAUCCCAUUAAAUUUGUUACUUUAUGGCUGAAAGGUGAUUCCUCGCAUAGGGGAGACAUACUCACUAUUUUGGGUAUGGGUAGGAUAGGGAAGACAUCUUUAGCCAGAUAUGUCUACAUGUUACAUGCAUUUGAAUUCAACACAAGCAUCUUCAAUGGAGAUAUCAGUACGAGAUGUGAAAAUGUUAAUGGGUUGCUUGAUCUACAAAAACAACUCUAUGAUGGCAUUUCAAAACCGAGCUCAAUUCAAGUUCAUGGUGUUUACACCUCAAUGAUAGAGAAUGCAAUAGCCCAUAAAAAGGUGUUUCUAGUUCUUGAUGAUAUUGAUAGGGCCGACCAGUUAAAUGCGUUACUUGGAAGCAAAGACUUUCACCCAGAUAGCAAAAUCAUAAUUACAACGAAGGAUGCAAGGUUGAUAGAGAAUUAG